AUGGAAAGCGGUGCAAUUUGUGAUUCCCAGAUCACCGCUUCCUCAGUGCGUGAUGAUCAACAUGCCGCACCGAAUGCUAGAUUACAUUUCAAAGGAUCCAAAAACCCGGUUAGACAUGGUGGCUGGGUAGCUAGAGUGAAAAACAUCAACCAAUGGCUGCAAGUGGAUCUUCAGCAUGUCACAAGGGUAACAGGCAUAGCGACGCAGGGGAAACGUGAAUCAAAGCAGUGGGUUACUAAAUACAAGCUACAAUAUGGCGAUGAUGGACAAACUUUUAGAGUCUACAAGCGAAACGAAGACGUAUCAGACACGGUAUGAAGAAAUAUGCUUAAUUGGACAAACCUUUUUGCGGAGAAAAAGUCCUCAUGAGGAACAGAACCUUUUUGUAUUCUGCAUUCUGAUCCUUUUCCACUGAGCCACAAAGCAUUUACACUAGGCUGGGCCAUAUACUCUCUGUCAUUGAACCUACAGAAAAGCAUUCCCGAAAGUUAUUGGGUAAGAGUAACUCGUAGUGUAAAAAGAAAAAAACUUACACUCGUUAAUUUUACGACCAAAUUUAUUCUACUCAGGUUUUCCAAGGAAACAAGGACAGAGACACAGUAGUUUACCACGAUCUUAAACCGCUCAUUUAUGUUCGCUAUGUUCGAGUUCUUCCGAUGGACUGGAAUUGGGCGAUCGCUAUGAGGAUUGAACUUUAUUCUUGUUAA